AAAGCCAUUUUGUUAUGCUAGCUAGCUAAAUGGUAAAGACAGCUACCAACAGCAUGAGUCUGAUAUAUCAGCUCUAACUAUGGAGCUCUUUUUUUCUUUUGCCCAACUUAUUAACCAAACCGGUUUAAAUCCGUAUAUAGUCCGCACUGACACGGACUAGCCUACAAAGCUAUAAAAGUGGCGAAUGGGACGGAAACUGGUCGCUGAAGUGUGCUGCAGUUUCAGUUAACAGUUAGCUAGCUAUGUGUCUACUUAGCUUUCUAUAGUUUAUUUCUCCACCUUCAUUCGUGUCGUUUUUGCUUUCUCUGUGCUUUAAAUAGGGCUCAUAUUGUGCUGGCUAAAGGCCGUCUAGUUCAGCUAACGGACCGCAUCGCUAAAAGCGAUAAAACAAAAAAAGGCAACAGAAGAAUCCAGCAGUAACUAAGCAAAAACACUGUGAAGCAUAGAGCGGUAAGCCAAAGCGCUAAUCUGAUAAUGGCAGAGGACACCCGACAGGACAAGAGGGCCAGCUUCUCUGCUCUGACCGAGCACAGCACCAACGGGAUGGCCAGGACCUCAGGAAAAACAGGCGCCUCCAAAAAAAUAGUCAUCAAAAACUUCAAAGACAGACCAAAACUAGCAGAGAACUACACAGAGGACACAUGGCUGAAGCUCCGCGAUGCGGUGAGCGCCAUCCAGAACAGCACUUCCAUCAAAUACAACCUGGAAGAGCUCUAUCAGGCUGUGGAGAACCUGUGUUCCUACAAAGUUUCCCCCACGCUGUACAAGCAGCUGUGCCAGGUGUGUGAAGACCACGUGCGAGCCCAGAUUCACCAGUUCAGAGAAGAGUCUCUGGACAAUCUUUCCUUCCUGAAACGAAUGAAUCGCUGCUGGCAGGAUCACUGCAGGCAAACUAUAAUGAUCCGAAGCAUCUUUCUCUUCUUGGAUCGAACAUACGUGCUUCAGAACUCUCUCCUCCCCUCCAUCUGGGAUACGGGGCUGGAGCUGUUCCGCACCCACAUCGUGAGCGACGCGGCGAUUCAGAAGCGAACGGUGGAGGGCAUUUUGGAGCAGAUAGAGUUGGAGCGAAAUGGGGAGACUGUGGAUCGCAGUCUGCUGCGGAGUCUGUUGGGGAUGCUGUCAGACCUGCAGGUUUAUAAGGACUGCUUUGAGGAGAGGUUUUUGACAGAAACAAACCGUCUCUAUGCUGCUGAGGGGCAGCGGCUGAUGCAGGAGAGAGAUGUGCCUGAAUGCCUGCACCAUGUGGCUCGCCGUUUAGAGGAGGAGAAUGAUCGAAUUGUGAGCUACCUCGACCAGAGCACACAGAAACCUCUGAUCUGCUGUGUGGAGAAGCAACUUUUAGGAGAACAUAUGAAUGCAAUUCUACAAAAAGGUUUGAGUAAUCUACUCAAUGAGAACCGUGUUACUGAGCUGGCCCUCCUCUACCAGCUCUUCAGUAAAGUGAAAGGUGGACUGCCCACGCUGCUGCAGUUUUGGAGGGACUACAUUAAGUCAUUUGGGGGAGAGAUCGUUUGCACACCAGAGAAAGACAAGGAUAUGGUCCAAGAGCUUUUGGACUUUAAGGACAAGAUGGACAAUGUGGUGCAGAGCUGCUUUGCACGUAACGAGGCGUUCAUCAACGCCAUGAAGGAGGCCUUUGAAACCUUCAUCAACAAGAGACCCAACAAGCCUGCUGAGCUCAUCGCUAAAUAUGUGGAUUCUAAGUUAAGAGCUGGAAACAAGGAGGCGACAGAGGAGGAACUGGAGAGAAUCCUGGACAAGAUAAUGAUCAUCUUCCGCUUCAUUCACGGGAAAGACGUGUUUGAGGCUUUUUAUAAGAAAGAUUUGGCCAAGCGUCUGCUGGUUGGUAAGAGUGCCUCUGUUGAUGCAGAGAAGUCCAUGCUCUCCAAACUCAAACAUGAAUGCGGUGCAGCCUUUACUAGUAAGCUUGAGGGGAUGUUUAAGGACAUGGAGCUGUCUAAAGACAUCAUGAUCCAGUUCAAACAGUAUAUGCAGAACCAGAGUGAACCAAGCAUGAUUGAGCUCACCGUUAACAUCCUCACUAUGGGCUACUGGCCUUCAUAUACCCCUAUGGAGGUUCAUUUGCCAUCAGAGAUGGUGAAACUGCAGGAAGUGUUCAAGUUGUUCUACCUGGGUAAACACAGUGGGAGGAAGCUGCAGUGGCAGCCCACACUGGGCCAUGCUGUCCUGAAGGCCGAGUUUAAAGAGGGGAAGAAGGAGCUGCAGGUUUCCCUGUUCCAAACUCUGGUGCUGCUGAUGUUUAACGAGGGGGAGGAAUUCAGCAUGGAGGAGAUCCAUGCUGCGACAGGAAUAGAGGAGGGCGAGCUCAAGCGAACGCUGCAGUCACUGGCCUGUGGGAAAGCGCGCGUCCUCAACAAGAACCCUCGAGGGAAAGACGUGGAAGAUGGAGAUCGCUUCAAUUUCAACAACGAUUUUAAACACAAACUGUUUCGCAUCAAGAUUAACCAGAUUCAAAUGAAGGAAACCGUGGAGGAGCAGGUAAGCACCACAGAGCGCGUUUUCCAGGACAGGCAGUACCAGAUCGACGCUGCCGUCGUGCGAAUCAUGAAGAUGAGGAAAACGCUGAGUCACAACUUGCUGGUAUCGGAGCUUUACAACCAGCUCAAGUUUCCUGUCAAGCCCGGAGACCUGAAGAAGCGGAUCGAGUCGCUCAUAGACAGAGACUACAUGGAGCGUGACAAGGAGACUCCCAACCAGUAUCACUACGUGGCCUGAGGCGAUGCCGCUAAAGCUGCCGUGCUUUUUCUCACAGCAGACGCACAGCUGGCCCACCGCUCAGGCACAGGAUUCAGCUCCUCAGCCACCUGACCCGUCUCGUCCCUCACAUUCACAAACCUGGAUGCAGUGUUCAGAAAAACGCAGAGCUCCAGAGAGACAAGAGACUUGGCUGUGCUGUUCCCCAUUCUGUGAUCUCCUUAAUGGGACUCUGAGACUGGGCUGCAUAGGUGGACUGGGCUAUGAUGGUUGGUUCCGGCUAACUAAUCCGCUAAUGUAAAACUCAUCUGAAAGUUACUAGCACUUUCCUUUGUUUUGUUUCUUCCUUGAUUGUUUUUUUUUUUUUUUCCUUCUUACAUGACAUUAUCAAUCACUUGUUAUAUUUCAUAACUGGUUUUGUCACAACUUUUUGGGAGUUUUAUUGGUUUGUUUUUCUUCUUCAUGAGGUGUUCUCCCUUUAAUUGGCUGUGCUAACUGCUGAAGGUCGACCUGACCGGAUUGGAUGCUUGACUGGUUUGAGAAGCAGCUGCUGCUGAUGUCUUGAGAGAGAGAGAGAGAAAAAAAAAAUGAUGAUGUGAUCGAGCUCAUUUAAAUGACAUGCAGACCAUCCAUUCGUGUAUUUUUCUUUUCAGUAUCUAGUAUGUUUGACCAAAAUGUCCAAUGUCACGUGCUGAUGUUUUUUGUAGAUCGGUCUGUGAGUGCAAAAUGUGAAUUUGAAUAAAUGAAUAUUUAAUGAGGAAA